UAUUAUAUGAAUUCCAUGACACUUCAUAGAACGUUAACACUAGUUGCCACAAAAAUAUAUGAUUUCGUAGUUUUAACAGGACAUAACCAUGCGUAUUUCCGAAGACGAUUUUUUUUUUUGGCGCAUUACGAUGAUUUUCAGAUCGAAAGUCAAACUUUUGAACGUAAAUCUUACGCUAUAGCUUGUAGAAGACUUAAGGGCGCUCAUUCUUAUGACCGAGUAGCUCAAUUGAUUAAAGAAAUACAUGCGUCAUAUGGUAUCGACAAAAAAGUGCUGGCUACAGUGACUGAUAAUGGAUCAAACUUUGUCAAGGCAUUUCGCGAGUUUGGAGUGAACGUUGGUGAAUCGUUUUUUCAAGCAGUACCCGAAUCAUCCAACAACCAAAUGGACGGUGAUUCUGAUGAGAAUGACCAUGCUGAGAUUGAAGAAUUCAUACCGAAUGAUGAAUUUGAUUCAACUGAUAGUUUACCUGAACAAAUUCAUUGUGCUAGUCAUACAUUGAACCUUGUAGCAACAACCGAUAUGCUCAAUUAUAUAAAGUCAUGUAAAAUACUUCACUCGUCAUACAAUCAAAUGAUCCAAAGGUGUAAUUUACUAUGGAAGCUUCUGUCUUCACCAAAAAAUAGCGAAAAAUUGAAAAAAGUUCUAGGACAGAGCUUGCAAAAGUCCGUUGUAACACGAUCGAACUCUCUAUAUCAAUCAAUUUUUCAAAUUUUCGGGCUUAAAGAUAAAAUUCUUUCGAGUGGUGAAGAAUCGGGCAUAGACAAUCUUCUUGAUGAGGAUAAUUUUCGAUUCAUAGAAGAGUAUUUGCACUGUAAUCAAUCAAUUGCUGACGCGAUCGAUAAAUUACAGGGUGAUAAAUUGGCCUCGUAUGGAUAUUUGUUACCAACUCUAGUGACAUUUCGGAAUAAAUUGAACCGGUGCAAGCAAUUACGAUUUCAAUACUGCCAUUAGCUUGUACCAGGUUUGUUGAAAGCUCUAGACAAUCGCUUUGGAUAUAUAUACAAUGUCAUCGACGAAGGAAAAACCAGUGCUGUUGCUGCAGGUUGUCAUCCAAUAUUAAGCUGAAUUGGUUGGCAUCACUGAGAUCGCGAGCUCAAGCCAAUGCGAUGGAAGCUAUAAUGGAAGCUUUUAAAAGCAGUUCUGAUCAGCCCGUCGAUGAUGACACUUUUUCUGAAGGAGCUGAUGAUUUCUUUGAUUUCACUACUUAUUCGGAGAGUGUCCCAGAAAAAAAUAGUAUAAAUUUUCAAACGCUUGGUUCAUCAGAUUCCGAAACAAUGUACCAAAAAUUUCUUGCUCAUAAAAGCAAUGACAUUAAAAUAAUGGAACUUUAUCCAAUUGUAAAGCAAGUUUUUCUAAAAUUUAAUAGUACCUUCGUCUGCACCGGUAGAACGACUAUUUAGCUAUGCUACUAUGUUUAACCUACCGAAAUUUAUUAAAUUGACGGAUCAAACUUUUGAAUUGCGUGUAGUCAUGAAAUGUUAUGCCAGUGCUGCCAAAAAAGGUCGUAAUUAGAAAUUUCAUUUGUAUUUCUUGAUAAAUAAUUGUUGUUUUUUUUUUCUUUUUUUAGAUUUGAAAUUAAUUUAGACAAGCUAUUUGGGAUUGUUGUAAUAAUAAUAAAAUAAAUGCAUGCCAGGACUGGUUGGUGGUUAGGAUAUUUGAAAAAUACGCAUAUUUAAAAAUAUAACAAUAUUUUUAUUUGUCACAGCACAAAAUGUCACUGGGUUACAAAUUAAAUCGUUGAUUUAAUUUAUCAAUACUGUUGAAUGUCUGAGCUCAUGAAUACGUAAAUGAUUGAAUACAAAUUAUUGAAUUGAGCUCGAGUAAAUAAACGAAUUAAAAUAACUAAGUUGAGUUUAAUUGAAAACUGAGUUGAUCGCAUAAAUGUCAGAAUGUAAAGUAACAUGAAAUUAGAGGUUACCGAGCGAAGUUAAUUUUUGAACACGUUAACUACUAUUUUUAAUAGCACUGAAUACAUAACUAAUUGAGUUAUUGAGUUUUAAUAAUAAUGAUCACUUAAUUUAAUUGAAUUUAAUAAGCUCAUAAUAAAUUACACUGAUUAUAAUUUAUUUGUUGAACACGUGGUAGCAUGAUUGCAGAGGCUACUGAGCGGAAAAUAACUUUUAAUUUAAUUGAGAAAUUGAGCAUAAUGAUAAUUAAAUAAAUAAUAAAACUAAGUCUUUUAUUCUGAUGAGCACUUGAAUUAAUUUUUAAAAGAGUAAUUUAGCACCUGUACGAGUUUCCGUUAAAUUAACCUCCUCAGGAACUUGGUCGUAGAUCACUGGGAUGCUUGAUGAUUUUAUUAUUUAUUUUAUGGGCUCCGGUGCUCACAAUUACAAAAAUAAUUAUAUUUUUAUAGAGAGUUAUGAACCCUUAAUGUAAUUAAUUAAUUACUUUUAUUUAUUCACUCGAGAUGAGUGCAAAUUUAAUUGAUUAUUAAAAACACGUGGUGCCACUUGAAAAUGAUAUGAACGCAAGAAUAAUGGCGUUGGUCUUCUCCACGAGGCAGGAAAUUCACACGCGCAUGUGUCGCACUGCGCAAGUUAAGAUUUAAUUACUAGACACUAGGCCCCAGUAGGUGCUGCCUCUAUUUGCUGGAAAUGCAACUACAUUCAAAUUUGAAUGUAGUUGUGAUUACGCAACAGAGAUGAAAAUAAAAUCUAUUUGUUCUACGAACUAAUCUAUAAAAUUAUAAUAUGUUUUUUUAUUGUAAGCCUCUAAAUAUAUUUAAAAUAGUAUUUUUAUUGAUGUAAUGGUACUUUUUACUGAGUGUGAUAUAAGCAUUUGAGUUUUAAAUAAAAUAAAAAUUACAAUUUUAAAAUUAAGAUUAUUGAAGCUA